AUGAGUCGGGCGGCUGUCAGCCCGGCUGCUCCCGCCUCCCGUGCCAGAGAAGAGUCUGAAAGUCAUGCAGUCCAAACAGCGACCUUGGCGGGGGACAGGCACACUUUCUCCUGUGGGCACUCUGUGAAGCCUCCUAAAGACCGAGAGCCCACGAACCAGUGUCCUGCACUCUGGAAACAAAUCAGUUGCACCUACACAGAUAUAGGCCGAGCGAGGACAGGCCCCCCAGAGGGGGAGCUUCAGGAUCCAAGCCAGGCUAGUACAGACGAUCUCGGGAGACAGAUGGCCAGGCGGGUGGGCCGGCAGAGAGAGGCUCAUGUUCCUUGUCAAGAUGACACUCAAAAGUACAUCCCCGUCAUCGCGGGUUGUCAGUGGCGUUGUCAGCGCGAGAUGCCGUGUGUGUUUUUGGACACUCUACUCUGGGGCACGAACACCAUGCUGACAUCGCUGAUCAGGACACUCGGAGUCACUGGAGCCGAGCGGGGAGUGACUUACCCCUGCCUGUCAGCCGCCGGGUCUGGCCGUGCCGAGGCCGCCCAUCAGAAGCUGAAGAUGUGA